UUGUAUAUAGGAUGAGGAUGGAAUACAGUAGCUCCAUAUUACUAAACCUGUGAGAAAGUCAGUUCAUUAAUAAUUAGUGGUGUCCAGAGUACAUUUCAAUCUCAUCUUCAGGAUCCAAAGAACCCUUUGUUACACCUGUCGGAAAUUCUUCUAUCUUUAUCCAAAUGUAAUGGAAGAAACAUCAUGCUUUGGGAUAUACACCUUCUUUUGCGACAUCUGGUAAGGAGACACAAAUGUUACCAUUACAACGACAAGCCCGAACAAAAUUGUGAACUGUCCUUUCUGGUGGGUUCAGACGAACAUUUCGAUAAACCUUUUCGUGAGCUAUUUUUAUGGGCGGUGCUGAUGUUGAGGAAAGAAAUGGCCAUUUAUUUCUGGGGUGAGGCACACGAAGCGUUGAACUUGGCGUUAGCUGCUACAUCUAUCUAUUGGCAUCUAAGAAACUCGACGAGUAUUCACGCUGAUCUCAUCCUGAACAAACUAGUGUUGUUGAAAAGUGACUUCGAACAAAUAGCGAUUGAACAUCUUAACAUAUGUUAUUCCAUGAACCGAGAAAAAGCUGUCGAACUGAUUGAACACCCAAACUGCUACUGGGGAAACAUGACCGCUUUAAAUAUCGCUUUAUCCUCUAAUGAUCUCGAAUUUAUUUCAAGCCCAUGUUGUCAACAUUCCAUUACUCAGACCUGGAUGGGCGGAUUAGCCACUGUUUCUUGGUGGAAGGUAAACGUGGCCCUUUUCAAUCCAUUUCUUAUAUGGACUUACUUGAAGUUCCGGAACGACAAAACUACAGAGAAACCCCCUGGGUUCUUCAACAAAGCUCGAAUUUUCUACACAGCACCGAUAACAAAAUUUUUCUACGAUUUAUAUUCAUACAUCGCCUUUCUAGGAAUCUUUUCCUACGUGGUUCUGUUUGAGUUUUACGAAACUGUUGGUUUCUUCGAGUUUUUACUGCAUAUCUGGAUUCUUGCCUUGGCUUUAGAAGAAGUCAGAGAGAUCGUGACCUAUCCUUCGGAACGGAAGUUACAAAAACCCAGAGAAUGGUUUCAAGAAUAUUUUUGGAAUAAAGUGGACGCUGUUUGUAUGGUCUUGUCUCUUGUUGGAGUCUUGUUAAGAACCAUCCAACAAGUUAUAGGUAGCAAUCAGUUAUGGGUGCGUGUUGAAGAUAUCCACCUUGUGAUGACUAUCAGUUGUACCUUAUGUUCCGUUCGCCUGUUCAAGAGCUACAUGGUCAGUCUUAGUUUUGGACCCAAGCUAGUCAUGAUAAAACGCAUGCUUGUGGAAGUCGUCUUGUUUCUCCUCAUCCUAUUCAUCUUCAUUCUGAGCUAUGGUGUAGCUAGUCAAGCUCUUCUUAAAAGAAAUCGUCAACCUUUUAUGGGAAUAUUUAGGGAAGUCUUCUAUUUACCCUACUGGCAACUGUACGGAGAACUGAACCUGGAUAGGCUUGAAGAUUUUUACUUGAACUGCUCGCGCGAAGAAAGCAGAUGCAACGAAAGUCCUAACGCCUGGUUGGUUCCGAUCAUGCUGGGUGUGUACAUGUUGCUUGGAAAUGUUCUUCUUAUCAACCUGCUAAUAGCCGUUUUCAGAACUGAUGACAUAAAGAAUUCGAUCAAUGAGAUAAAGGAUGCUAUUCACGCUCGAGCUGUGUCUCAAGCACCUAUUCCAUUUCGGCGCGAGACAGCUUUCCUGUCGACUGCUCCAAAGCCGACGCUUCGCAGUAAACCUACACCUGUACAACGUGGAUCAUCAGAAGAGAAUAGUUUACUAUAUCGCGAACUAUUAUGUGAUGAAGAACCUAAAGAUGAGGAAGAUGAUGAUGAUGAUGAUAUACCUACAAUGGAAACAGAGGAACUGCGUCCAAAAUUGAGCCUAGUUGAUCAAGCUCUUAAUUCUAGAGUUUCUGAUGAAAAUGUAAAUCUUUUAAUGGACUUGAAGUCAGACAUAGCUAACUUAGAGAGUAAACUAACUACUUUGGAGUUAACAAUGGCAGACAUGACUCAUCAUUUAGGAACUCUCAGUUCAAAGUUAAAUGAUAUUGUUAAAUCUUAGUUUUAGAAUACAGUGAUUUUCAACUCAGAGAAGCAUAGACACGUGGGUCUUUUAGUGUGCUAAGGAUUUUCACUGAUGAAAUAUGUUUUAUUCUGUUGUUUACUCUCUUUUUUUCUCUACUCAACAGCACAGGUUCAGCAUAUAUCAUAUUUUUAUCGUAAACAAAACAGACAAAAAAUUGUUGUUGGUGUUAACCUUGAUUAAUGACAACUUAGAAUUACUUUAAGUCCCUUUUAUCCUUUAUAUUCGUAGGUUUCUGUGUUGUAAAGAUUCCAGAUUGUUUUGGAGAAUAUUUUAACCUGAGAGAUGACUGAAAUAGAAGGUAACGUAUGUGAUCAUGUGACGAGACAAUUGUGUUCAGAAAACGGAAAAAUAAGUUCCUUACGAGUAUGUUGUUUGAACAAUUGAUAAUACUUUAGAAAAAUCCUCGGAGCCAAAUGUAAAGUCUCACUUUUAGUGGAAAAUUGAAAUUGAAUUUUUUUUAAAAUUUAUAAACUCUAAUUAACGACAAGAAGAAAUCCUAACACACAGUGAAAUGUAGGGAAAAGAUAGUUUCUAGAAUCGUGAAUUUCGAAUAGUUUUAUGUGUUUGAAAACAUAAGUGUUGAUUUGACAGUUGUACAAACGUACAUUUACAUACCAAUAUUUAAAAGUAGAUUUUACAUAGUGAUUACUUUUCGCCUAUUGGCUUCAUUUUUUGAAGUUAUUUCAUCAUAUUUUGAGGCUUCACUUAGAUAUAAGCACUUGAUUAAUUUUUUUUUUUUUUGUUAGCUCAUUUCGAAUUUUAUAAUAAUUGUCUGUAUUAUAGCACAAGAUGGUCACACAUACCUAACCUGGUGUUUCAGCUUGCUCACACACACGAGCUCAAUAUUGUUAUUAUAUUUGUCACACAUUGUAUAAUGGUUUGUCCAAAUGCCUACAUUAG